GAGGACCAAGAGAAGGAAGGAGGGAGGCUCAUCCUAGCACACUCUCUGCCUCCCCAGAUCUCGCCUCCCUGCAGUGAAUGCAGCUUCAAGGGCCUGUCUUUGUGGGUGUGCCCCUCCUGGGACCCAUCCUGAUUCGGAUGUUUACGCAUCACAUAUCUGGUUGGUGUGAAGACGAGAGGAAGCUGCCUUGGUGCCCACCCCACAAGGUCAUUCUGCUUGUGUGGGCAGCUAUCUACUCUGUCAUGGGCUAUGCCUCCUACCUGGUGUGGAAGGACCUGGGAGGGGGCUUCCGGUGGUCCCUAGCACUGCCACUUGGGCUCUACACUUUCCAGCUCGCCCUCAGCUGGACCUUCUUGACUCUCUUCUUGACGGCUGACAAUCCUGGGCUGGCCCUCCUGGACCUGCUGCUGCUCUACGGGCUGGUGGCAAGCAUGGUGCUUAUCUGGCAGCCAAUCAACAAGCUGGCUGCUCUGCUCCUGCUGCCCUACCUGGCCUGGCUCACUGUGACCACCGCCAUCACCUACCGCCUGUGGAGGGACAGCCUGUGUCCAGCGAACCAGCCUUAGCCAUCCGAGAAGAGCAACUGAGGCACCAAGAUACAGGAGAGGAGGGAAGAUGGUAAGAAUGGGGAGUGGCUGUGGAGUAGGACCGCUUGAUGUGGCUGCCCUCCUGAAGCUUCCUGUCACCCUUUCUCCUUAGACUUCAGAGAAAUAGAAAAGA